AUGGCAAAUUCUAUAGAAGAAACGUUUGGAUGGCAUAAGGAGAAUGAGGAGAAUGAAAUCUUUGUAAGAAAGCCAAGACUGAGCAGAACACCCCCAAGUGCGUCGAAGGGUAAGGACCCUAGACAAUCUGUUGGGAGGUUGGAAUCCGUGGACCUGGCCGGGGAGGAGACAGAAGAAGAGGUCAAUAUAAUUAAGCAGAAGUGCACACAGGGCAAAGCAAUAGAGGGGGUUACGAACCAGAAAAGAAAAGAGAGCCUCACACUGGAGGAGAAGGUGGAUGUUAGCCUGAGGGCUAUAGAGAAGAUACUUCAGGCUAUCAGUGACCACCAUAUGGUAUUUAAUAACUUAAUACUGAAAAAGGAGGACGAAAUUGACCCUGUAAUAACAAACACUUACGUGUCAAUGAAGAAAUGCCUGGAAGAGGUCAUGGUUGCGGUCGAUGGCCUCAGAGACGUGCACACCAAGCAUACGGAAAAAACCAAAGGCGAGAUGACCUAUAGCAAGACGAAGAGAGCACAGACGACAGUAAUGACGGAAACAGACCGGAUACCUGUAACAGAGAAAAAAAGCAUUAGCACUCAGACAGAGGAAGAGAUAGGGGGUGAUUUCCCUCCCCUCCCGGCUGUGAGACAGCAGAAGAGGAAGGAGAUCACGCCCCCUACGGAUAAAAGUGGGAAGAGGACGAGGUUCACUAGGAAUGCGGAAGAGUCACCAAUGGAGAAAGGAAACGGGAAGGAAACAUUGAUGCCCGGACAAGGAGGAGGGGUAACGAGCGGGGAACAGGAAUGGAUCGUAGCCGGAAGGAGAAGACGAACGAAGGAAGAGGAAGUGGGGAGUAACAGGAGUAGCGCGACCCCAAACAAGAACAAGAACGAAGGCGGUAGGCCGGCGAGUGGUAGAGCGGGGGGAAGGAACACCCCCAGAAUUAACAUCAAACCACAGGCAAUUGCAGUACGUUUCGGCAAGGAUAAGACCUUUGCGGAGAUUCUCAAAAAGGUGAAAGGAGCCGCGGGCAAAACACCAGAGGGCAUCAGGGCGGUAAAGCAGACAAGAGCCGGGAAUCUGCUUAUUGAAUUCGCCCCUGGUGCGGAUUUAGAGAAUCUGAGGAGAAACCUGGACGGCAGACUGGGUUCAGAUGUUGAGGUGGCUAAACUGCAGACCAUGGUCGACAUAGAGAUAAGAGGGAUAGAUCCAACAGUAGAAAAGGAGGAGGUUAUGGAAGCUAUUAAGGGAGAAAUUGGACACGAGGCGAAGGGGGUCAGGAUUAAGAUUCUCAGGACAGACCCGAGGCAGAAUAAAGUGGCGGUCAUCGAAGGCCCAGCAGUGGAUAUGAACCGACUACUAAGAGGAAACAAGAUUAGGAUAGGUUGGACUAUGGUAACUGCAAGGGAAAUCCCACGUUUAACGCGUUGCUACAAGUGCCACGGUAUGGGACAUAUUGCAAAUAACUGCAAGAUCAUAGGAGAUACAGGGGGACUGUGUAGGAAGUGCGGGGAUGCAGGGCACCACAUGAGAGAAUGUGUAAAAGAACCCAGGUGUAGACUAUGCGUGGCAGAUGGACUCCCAGCUGAGCAGACGGGACAUGUUGCCGCCUCAGUAAGGUGCCCGAAAUACAAAGAGGCGCUUAGAAACAAAAGGCAAGGAUAG